ACCACGUCUUAUUGGCUAACCUUUGGGCUACUAAAACCAGCGUGUGUUCUCACAUUGUUGGGAGCCGUGUUUGUUGCACUUUUAUUUUGCUACGAAGCAAAUGCUUUUUCUUCACAGUGUAACUUUAAAAGAAAAGGGUCCACCAGCGCCGCCUUAUCCUCCAGGACAGCCUACCAACUAAAGAUUUAAACUGAGAGGGUGGAAAUUUGGAUCUGCUGCCUAAUUGUUCAUCAUCAUUAUUAUCUUAGAAUCAAGAUGGCCCUAAAUGUCUUUGAUCAUGAUGAAUACAGGCCACCAGUGUGGAAAUCCUACUUGUAUCAGCUCCAGCAGGAGGCACCUCACCCACGCAGAGUCACCUGCACCUCUGAGGUGGAAAACCGACCUAAAUACUAUGGCAGAGAGUUCCAUGGGAUGAUCUCAAGAGAAGAGGCUGACCAGUUACUGAGUCAGGCAGAGGGCAGCUACCUCAUCAGAGAGAGUCAGAGGCAGCCAGGCACUUACACACUGGCUCUAAGGUUUGGGAACCAAACAAGAAACUUCCGUCUCUACCAUGACGGGAAACACUUUGUUGGGGAAAAAAGGUUUGAGUCCAUCCAUGACCUCGUCACAGAUGGCCUCAUCACACUCUAUAUCGAGACAAAGGCAGCAGAGUACAUCGCUAAGAUGACCAUAAACCCUAUCUACGAGCAUGUGGGAUACACCACUCUGAACCAGGAGCCCACCCUGAAAAAACACCUCCCUCACAGCCAGGAGGAACCUGACGGACCGACUCCAGCCAAAGAUGACCACAACACAGAGGAAAGGCUCACAUCACUGGUGCGGCGGGCCACCCUGAGGGAGAGCGACUUGGCGCCCAAGUAUGAGAAGGUCCACAACUUCAAGGUUCAUACAUUCAGGGGUCCCCACUGGUGUGAGUACUGUGCCAACUUCAUGUGGGGUCUCAUCGCUCAGGGAGUGAAAUGUGCAGAUUGUGGGUUGAACGUCCAUAAGCAGUGCUCCAAAGUCGUACCCAACGACUGCCAGCCAGACCUUCGGCACGUCAAGAAGGUGUACAGCUGUGACCUGACAACGCUGGUCAAGGCCCACAACACCAAGAGGCCCAUGGUGGUCGACAUGUGUAUACAGGAAAUUGAGGCCAGAGGUCUUCAGUCAGAAGGUUUAUACAGAAUAUCAGGCUUCAGCGAGCUGAUUGAAGAUGUUAAACUGGCCUUUGAUAGAGACGGAGAGAAAGCAGACAUAUCCUCAAAUGCUUACGAGGACAUCAACAUCAUCACCGGAGCCCUCAAACUGUACUUCAGAGAGCUGCCCAUACCCCUCAUCACGUAUGAUGCCUACCCACGCUUCAUAGAAGCUGCAAAAAUAACAGACCCAGAGAAACGACUGGAGGCCCUCCAUGAGGCCUUGAAGCUGCUGCCACCAGCUCACUGCGAGACGCUGCGAUACCUCAUGGGUCACCUCAAGAGAGUGACACAAUACGAGAAGGAGAAUCUCAUGACUAGCGAGAAUUUAGGCAUCGUCUUCGGCCCAACACUUAUGAGGGCGCCCGAGCUGGAUGCCAUGACGGCACUCAACGAUAUCCGAUAUCAGAGACUUGUGGUGGAAGGUCUCAUUACCAAUGAAGAUGUGUUGUUCUGAGGUGCAAGAGGAGAUAAAAAGAGAGACUGGGGAUGACACUUGAAUGCUUUUAAAGAUAAAAAGGUGGCUUCUAAUGAGAAAAUGAGGGAGAAACUUGUGUCUCGCUAGAGAGGAUUAAAAAAAUAUACUACCUGCUUUUGUGAUGGUUGGAUAAAUCGAGAAAUGAAGGAAGUGUCUGUCUUCAUGAAAGCAAUUUAACAAAAUCUAUCUUGAGACACAGCAACUUUGAGUGAAGAAGUGGAUGGAAGGACCCAGCAUUUCCCUAAAGUUUAAUGGAAAUAGGAGCAAAACAUCAAGUCAACGAGCUCUACUUUGUCUCUAUGAGUUGGUAUUAGAAACACCCUGUAUCAGCGAGAGAAUUAACAAUGUGUGGUAGAAACACUGCACCAUCUAUCUUUAAGUUCUUGUCAUUUCUUCCUACAAGGAUGCCUUGACUUUUUGGAUUGUGGAAAAACAUGACUGUAUUGAAAAUGUUAGCUUGGUUAGUGUUUAUCAUUGAAAGUCCUGGUAAGUUUUCGUUGUUUUCUUAGUGUCAGUGUGUCCCGUUUGAUCCUCUUGAAGAGAAGAAGCAGCAGCACUGGCUUCCUAACAGUAGACAGCCGGAUGAAUGAAUGAAUGAAUGACUGGAAAAAGUGUAUUGCUCACGUUUGGCACAUACUCAUUCCUCCAAAUGGAACUAAAGUGAUUUGGACCUAUGGCCUUUCUUUUUUCCUUCCUCUUCUUUUGCUCCGCUUUUGCUUCAUAGCUCUCCCUUUUGCCCCAUAGCUGAAUUGAAAACCUGAUAGGAAAUGACACUUAAAAUUCAGUGAGAGUCUAUUUAAAGGAAGCGUUUUUCCAGUUCCUGAAAGAGCAUCUUUCCAAGUGAAAAUUUUGCUUCUGACACAACUUAUAAACAUAGAGCAAGAAGUAUUGUGCCAGACCAUCUGUCAGACAUGAACACACAGUAUUUACCAGUAAUUGUCAGGCAGCUUUAGCCGUCAUACUUUGCUGUAGUGGCAGAUGCCGAGGGGAGGGACACCCUCGUUUGACUUGAAACGCAAAUACGUGAGGCCAGUACUGUUUUUUGUUUUGGUUUGUCAUUUGUAUAAAGCGGUGCUGUAAUUAAGCAGUGUUUUGUUAUGAAGGAGAUUUUUGCAAUGAAAAUACUAAUUGAAAUUCAUCAUCACUCGCCCGACUGCAAUUCAACAAAAUGAAGCACACUGAUAAUUUCAAGGCCCAUCUCUGUUAUUGGCCUGAGUGGGAUAAUUGGGCAAGUUUUAAUAUUAAAUUGAAUCCCAAUUGCUUUGCAUCGGUGCUUUGCCUCUCCUUCUGUAAACAUGUUUGGAAGUCAUGUAUCUGUCACUUGUGUUGAUGCCACUUAAUCUAACUGUGAAACUGGAGGAAGUGAUGAUAAUUUCAAGCCCAAAGGCCAGUCUGUAUUUCAUAUCUUAACGUCUGCCUUCUGCAGUGAAGAUGAGAUUUGUCCCUGACUAGAGCAGGUGACAGAUUACAGAGGUUUUUGAGUUUGCUGUAAUGUUUUGAUGCCAUAAACGCAGUGUCCAUGAUAGAAAUAAUCUGUCCAUGCUUUUUUAUUUGUUGUUAAACUAGUGCCAUUUGAAAGGGUGGAGGUGUAAAAUGAAGGCUUUCUGCAUGUACCCCCACCUGCUACUACUCACCUUUACUCAUUCCUCCCCCCAUUUUUGUCGGGGGGUUCACUGAGUAGUGAAGACCCACCCGGCUUGAAGACCUUUUUGGCUUUUUUUUGGUUUGGUUUCUUUUUUUGUAAAGCAAGGACAGUUGCUGGGUGUAAAUCAAAUUGAUGUAACAUAAAAAUAGCAUCAGCAUUUUUCUAAUGGAUUAUGUUUUCAUGUUAUCUGUUUUCUUUAUUUACAUUGUCUAACCAUAGACUAACUCUUAUCAGACUAACCUGAUGAAAACUUGUGACCCUUCAGUGAUCUGUGACAGCUGCUUUUUUAGCAUCAUGAUUAAAAUGUGUUGGGUUUUUUUGGUUUUGUUUUGGGGUUUUUUUUUAUUGUCAUUGCUGUAAAGUAUUUUCUAUAUGGUUUAUGCAUGGUGAAGUUAAAUUAUUAAAUAUGACUUUAAGUUGGUCGUCUGAAUUUUGUGUUUUAA